AUGUCUAAAGGUGUUGCUCUGAUUACUGGCGCCGGCCAAGGCAUUGGCCGUGCAAUUUCUCUUCGGCUAGCUGCCGAUGGCUUCGACAUCGGACUCAGUGAUAUCCCUUCCAACAAGUAUAACCUUGAGGAGGUCGCUCGGGAGAUAAGGGGUACUUACGCAGGACGAAAAGUCUGCGUGCUUCUUGCAGAUGUCACAGUCGAGGAUGAUGUUCGUAACAUGGUGGACGACGCCGUGACUACCCUCAGCGGUCUGGAUGUCAUGGUCGCAAACGCCGGUAUCCUUGUAACUGCACCAUUGGUUGAAACUACAUUGGCAGACUGGGAGAAGGUCUUUGCUGUCAAUGUUACUGGCGUGUUCUUAAGCUACAAAUACGCCGCUCAAAAAAUGAUUGCAUUGAAUGAGACCAACAAACGAGGUCGACGCAUCAUUGGUGCCAGCUCCGUAGCAGGGAAAAGAGGUGGUGAAUACCUUAGCGCAUACUGUGCUUCCAAGUUUGCUGUCCGAGGCAUUACACAGUCUGCUGCCAUCGAACUUGGACGCCACGGUAUCACCGUAAAUGCCUAUGCUCCAGGACCAAUCAUAACUUCCAUGAACAAAGGCCUGAAAGAGGCAAGCAUGAAGCUGACAGGACCAUCUGACUUCGAAAAGACUAAAAAGAAGAUGUGUGUUGGGUAUAUGGGGACUCCAGACGACGUUGCGGGACUGGUCUCUUACAUUGCCUCCGCAGAAUCUCAUUUUAUCACAGGACAAAGUAUCACGAUCGAUGGGGGAAUCUACUUUGAUUAAAAUCAUGCGGGUUCGUGUGGGGAGUAAGGCUUACAUAUGCUAAAUCCCGCGGGUGUAUCAUCUCCUGUACAUUGAUAACCUUCCAUCUCCGCCUCAGUGGCGACUGCCAGUAAUAGUUCCUCAAUCAUAGGACACCCAUCAAUGUUUCAACGCCAAACUACUGCGACUCGGAAACAUACUCA